UUUGCCUGCCCUCAAUGAUGAUGUAUUUCAAAAGGGUGGUUCUUAAACUUUUCACAAGAAGAAUGAGUUCUGUGACAUUGAAAGAUGUACGAGAUGCAAGAGAGAGGAUAAAAGACUCCAUACACUAUACUCCAGUACUAACAUCAACGUAUCUCAACACACUCUCUGGACACAGCUUGUACUUCAAGUGUGAGAACAUGCAGAAAACUGGAUCUUUUAAAGUACGAGGUGCACUCAAUGCAGUACGUAGUCUCACUGUGCCCGAUCCAGUCAUAGUGACACACAGUAGUGGGAAUCAUGCACAAGCGGUUGCACUAGCUGCUAAGCUAUCAGGAUAUAAAGCUCAUGUUGUCAUGCCUGAGAAUUCACUUGAUGUUAAAAAGAAUGCUGUUCUUGGUUUAGGAGCUCAGGUAUCAUAUUGCACUGACAAAGAAAAGUCCAGACAAGAAGUUGCUGAUCAAGUUCUUGCUUCUCUUUCUGGUAAAGGAGUGUUCAUAUCACCUGUUAAUCACCAUGAUGUGAUUGCUGGGCAAGGUACUAUUGCAAUAGAGCUUUUAGAGCAAGUUCCUGAUUUAGAUGUUAUAGUAGUUAGUGUUGGAGGUGGUGGAAUGAUAAGUGGAAUAGCUAUAGCUGCCAAAGGGAUUAAUCCAAAUAUUAAAGUGAUCGGAGCUGAGCCUACUGCUGCUGAUGAUUGUGCCAAUUCUCUGGAAGCAGGUCGACUUAUACCUAAUCAAGAUGAAUCACCUCAAACCAUAUGUGAUGGAUUGUUAGUCAGUAUCACAGAGCUACCAUGGAGCAUCAUAAGGAAAUCAGUGGAUGGAGUUAUAAGAGUGACUGAUGAGGAAACUAUUGCUGCUAUGAGACUUGUAUUUGAGCGACUUAAGGUAGUUAUAGAGCCAUCUGCUGCCUGUCCAUUAGCUGCAGUUUGUACUGAAAAAUUUAAAGAAUUAUUUGGAAUGGACAAAUCAUUGAAGAUUGGUAUUGUAUUGUGUGGUGGUAAUGUUAAUCUAUUAACAUUAUCAAAUCUGAUGUCAAGAGUAGCUACUACUGACAAGUGACAAUUUAUAAACGUUUCUUUAUUAUUAUACUAAUUAUUUUUGCUACGAAAUUAUUUUUUUAUGUAAAUUUCAAAAUUGCUUCAAUUCA